UUAAAAGUCAAGUGAAUCACCACUCAAUCUUUGUAAGCUAGCUCGAGAUGACAGAUGUGUACACAAAAUGUAAACGAUUUGUAGGUUGUUGCUUGAAGCUGAUUGUUGUGAACUGACAAUAUUGUGGUUUUCCUACUGCACAACCAUGGCAAACAACUCUUCAUUUAUGACGUCGACGGAAAUCCUGUACGACCUGAACAUGGCAGAAAUGAUUCGCCUGAUCCCGACGGCGAUAUUUCUCGGCUUGGUGUCGGCCUUCGGUAUCGCUGGUAACGGAAUUGUAAUGCAUGUCUACAGGAAACAGUACAAGCUCUCAAACGCCAAGGUGUUCAUCAUGUGCGUGGCUGGGAUCGACAUGUUCUCGUGCUGUUUUGCGAUACCCUUGGAGGUGAUUUUGCUUUUGAACCAGUACACGUUUCAACGCGUCUGGAUGUGUAAAUUUUCACGAUUCUUUAACACGUUUGGAACAUGCUCGUCCUCCUUCAUUCUACUGAUUAUCGCCAUAGACAGACACAGAAAAGUUUGUAAACCCUUGAAAUGGCAGAUCAAACCCAAGCAAGCAAGGUACCUGUGUUUUCUCGGGGCAUUUCUUGGUCUUCUAGUUUCAUGGCCCGCCAUAUUUGUUUACGGUAGGAAGACAUUCGAAAUAGUACACGAACUUUAUUCAAAGCCUCUGAUUGGAUCAGAAUGCUCCACCGCAGAUGCCAUGACAGAUUCUAAAAUUCCAUUUUAUUACACAUUCAUGUUCAGUGGAAUGUUUAUUGUUGGAAUUAUUUCCAUGUCAACGCUCUACUGUCUUAUUGGGUACAGGAUUCGAACACAGGCACGGAAAAUGUCUAUGAUGACGUCACGAAGUUUAUCCAUUCCAAUGACGUCAUCAAUUUGUGAGAACAAUGAUAACUAUAAAGUGCUAGGAUCUAUAAACCCUUUAAACAUUACCAAACGUGACCUUAUUCAACAAAAGAAUGAUUCUACAAAACGGAGUAUAAAAGAACAGCCAAAACCCCUUUCUGACGUGUCAUGGUCGGAAAGAAAAGAUCUUGAACUUUCUUAUACAAGCUACAACGAGGACGAAAAUGAAGAACAACAGCCAAAAUCUGACAACGAUGAUACCGCAGAUGAUGAUCAAGACAACAGCAAGACUGAAGAAAAUAUGCAUGAUUUUACUAAUGAAAUAAACGUAAACACUGUUGAUGUACCUUUCGAAAACAACAAUACUGAUGAUGAAAACAUUGACAGCGACGGACAUGUUGGCAAGAAAAUAGUUGCUUCUACGACGACGAAUGAUUUAAUGAGAGGCAAACUUACUUCCGGGCUGAUGAAACGAGCGUCCUCUGCUGGGAGUCAGAUUUCCAUAGUCUUAAGACGUCUGACUACAUUCGGAGGUCAGAGCGACAAAACUCAAUCAUUGAGAAAAUCACAGUGCUUGAAGGAGGUCCGGGCAAGGAAAACAGCCUUUAUAAUGUUUAUGAUCUCCCUUGUCUACAUACUGAGUUAUCUCCCUCAUCUGAUCGUCAUGGCGACGAGGGCUGUUAAAAGUGACUUUGUUGACAACCUUACUGAUGAAGCGAGGGCUGUAUAUAAAUUCUUCCUGCGGUCAUAUUUCUUCAACUGUGCAAUCAACCCCCUCAUAUACGGAAUCUGUGACACUCGAUUCCGCAAUGCUUGUUCGGCAUUUUUUAAUAAACCAUUUUGUAAAAGAAAAUGACAAAUUGUAAUAUUCUCAGUGUAGGAGUUUUUAACAUUGACUGAGAGUUGGCAGCUGGCUGUCUUGAACUUUUGUGCGCUUAUAUUUGUUCUCUUUGUAUGUAAAUACCACAGUAAAAUGUACAUAUAGGUAUUUAGUGUUAUGUACGAAACUUGUCUUUGUAACGGAGCCUAUGUUCACUGGGUGCAAACAAAGGUGGAUGUAUAGCGGAACAUAAUAAUGUGCUACACAUGCUUACCUGAAAAUACUGAACAUGAACAGUACAGAGGUUGUCAUAUGUUUAAUUUCUUUAGCUUUUUGAUGUAUGUGCAAUUAAAAAUUCGUUUAAAUGCU